GAUGACAUCGAGUUGUAUCUCACGUCGCGGAUGCACCGCGCGUGCUUAAAAGCGGAAGUAUAAUGCGAUUAUCGAUUGCUAUGACAGAAAAUGCGUUGAAUGGAUGGCGCGCGCGGGGGCGGCGUGCGGGGAGCCGCGUCGUUCGCUCGCCGGCCGCCAGUCAGUGCGCCACACGACGCGGGCUGCGACGCACGUACCACGCAGCCCGCUACGCCGGUAUUUCGAGUGUAGUGCAAAUGCUUGUGUUUAUAUGGCGCUCAUGUUACUACAAGUGCUCGUGUUGGGUGUGUUCGCGGCAGCGGCCGAUGAUGUCCCGCUAACAUGGUAUUGGUCGUCGCGCACGCUCGUGCCGUGCACGCUGCCGACGCCGGCGCCGCAGCUGCGCAAGCCGCCCCCCCUGCGCGGGGAGGACCCUCCCACCCCCUACUCCUGGCGGCGUGAUGGGGUCAACGACACACACAAAAUCCUGACCAACGGCACUUUAGACAUACGCAAACGUGAAGGCGCAGAUGGCGUAUACCAGUGCACCGCCGCGUUGCGUCGCGGCGCGUUGCUGGGCUACCCUGUGCGACUGAAAACUGCCCACCUGGACAAGUUCUCCAAAUACCCUGAGAACACGACGGCCCGGCGCGGCCAGCCGGUGGCCCUGCCCUGCGUCAUCAGCUCAGCGCCGUCCGCCACCAUUUCCUGGCUGAAGGAUGACCAGGACCUUUCUGCAGACGACAGAUACUAUUUGCUGAAAGAUCAGCUACUUAUUACUGAAGUGCGUGACAGUGAUGCUGGUCUUUACAGAUGCAUAGCAACAAAUUCAUACGUGAACAAAACUCGCACCAGCCACGGUGGACGGCUGCAUGUUGCUCCUCCAGAACCUCAAGCCCUGGAGUUCAUGCCCACCUUCGAAGACCGCCAGCUACUAGUUCCAGAAGGAGGGGAUGCGGUCCUACCGUGUCCUGUGUCUGGAUGGCCAAGGCCAUCUGAAGUAAUCUGGGAAAUGGCGGGAAAACGGCUGUACAACGGCCCUGUGCUCGUCUUGACUAAUGUAGACGUGUCACAAGAUGGCGUCUAUACCUGCAACGUACCAGGGCAUCAGGAUUUAAAGAAGACAUACAACGUGACAGUGACUAAACCUGUCAACAUCACUCUGCCGCCGGUGUCAAAAGAAGCUAUUCGAGCCAGCACCAUCCGGUUCAACUGUACCGCUACAGGCCGACCUGAGCCUAACAUCACUUGGUACAAGGACGGAGUACCGCUGGCUCUUACAGAGAAGGUAAGGUAUCUGUCGAAAGAAGCUAUUCGAGCCAGCACAAUCCGGUUCAACUGUACCGCUACAGGCCGACCUGAGCCUAAUAUCACUUGGUACAAGGAUGGAGUACCACUGGCUCUUACUGAGAAGAUUGGGUUGUGGAAAGCUGCGUUCCUGAACCCUGGCGACGAGGAGCGUAUCGAGCUGGUCAUCAACAGCAUCACUUCUAAAGACGCUGGUGUAUACCAAUGCUUCGCAAGCAACAACGUGUCAAUCGCCUCAGCGUGGGCGACGCUGACAGUCACGGGGCCCCCGGCCAUCGCAGCUCCUCAGGACAUCGCCUGCGCCCCGCUGGGGGCUCAGGAGGUGCUCGUGCGCUGGGCUCCAGUGCCUACGGAUGUGCUGGCUUAUACAGUGCACACUACUGCACAAGGUAUGUAUAUAUACCAAUGUUUCGCAAGCAACAACGUGUCAAUCGCCUCAGCGUGGGCGACGCUGACAGUCACGGGGCCCCCGGCCAUCGCAGCUCCUCAGGACAUCGCCUGCGCCCCGCUGGGGGCUCAGGAGGUGCUCGUGCGUUGGGCUCCAGUGCCUACGGAUGUGCUGGCUUAUACAGUGCACACUACGGCACAAGAACCUGGUGGGACAGGGAUGCCGCUAGGACCACCCGUGCAAGACCCUCGCGCCGUGGUUAGCGUACCUAAAGCGCUCACGCCAUACCGCUUUCAAGUUCGCGCAUAUAUUCAAUCCGCCAAGGGUGCUGCCACUGACUUCUCGGAUUUCGUGGUCUGCCAAGGUCAAGGAGUUCCAAUAAACCUGACGAAGGAUGACAAAUCGGUGUUGGUGUCAUGGCAGAAGUUCGCUAAGCAGAACCCUGGAGUGGUGGAGUGGAUCCUGCAGAGUCGGAUGGCAGACGAGCAUGAUGCGGUCACCAACGUGACUUUGGAUGCGGCGGUCACGAAUUAUACUUUAGAUAUUCCCGAAGACGGUGACCUUCAAAUCCGCGUGCUGGGGACCCGGACUCGACCCUGGCUGCAGCAGAACCUGGGCAGCGUGCCGUGGCGGUCCUUGGACCUUAGCACUGGUGACGUACGGGCGACGCCUCGGAACAUCCAAGUGACGAAGGUCACGACCCGCGGCUUCACCGUGCAGUGGGAGACGGACGACCUGGCGCCCAGGAAGUACAAGUUCCUGGUCUGCGUGCUCAAGAUCGACGAUCCGUCGAGCGACGACGGCAACUGUCAGUACAGCGAUAAGCACUCAGUGACGAUAGACAACCUCCAGCCGGGCAGCGAUUACGAGGUCCGCGUGGAAACGCAGCUGCAAGACCUGGAGGCUGUGGAGGCGCAGCUGCCGUAUCGCGUGGCCACGUUGGCCGAGGAAGACGCAAAGUUGAUCUACAAGUAUAUCAACACAACAACAGUACGAGUAUCAUGGAACGGAGUCGGUCGGUACACCGUGCGACACAGGCAGAAACUGGGACCGCUGGGCGACUGGUCUACUAUCAAUACUGAUAGGAACACCGUACUCUUGACCGGCUUGGAUCCGAACUCAGAGACCUACGUGGAGGUGAUCAGCAACGAAGGAAAAGCUGGCAGUGACACUCUUACCAUCCCACCACAGAUUAAGGAUCUUGACGCCAAGGACCUGUCCUACGUGUACACAAGCAGCGGCAUCACGGUGUCGUGGGUCGGCAGCGGCCCCCGGGUGGUGAAGUUCGCGCAGAACAUCACGCAGCCGCUUGAGAAGUGGCACGUCGUCAACGUCACUGAAAACCAUGUUCAGCUUGCGGGUCUUGACCUGUCCCUGCCGACAUACGUGACAGUGACAGCGCAGGGCACGGGGCAGGUGCUGACCAUCCCUCCGGCCCCGGAGCAGCCCUCCAUCGCCGUAGCUUUUUUGGCAGGCGUGGGCAUCGGGUGCGCGGCGUGCGUGCUGCUGCUACUGGCGGCGGCCGCGCUGCUGGUGUGGCGGCGCACAAAAAUGGCCGCCUCGCCUGUAAGAUCGCGACGAAGGACCAUGUCCCCUGUCGAGGGACACGAAGGAGAGAGCUCGGAAAUGAAGAAUAUUGGAGGUCGACUGGCAAACGGCGGGGCCGCAGGUGAACCUCUCCUCAACGGACACGUACACAUCACAGAGAACCCCACGUCAAAAACCCCAAACGGUAAGACGAAGAAAGGCCGCUACGAGCCGUUCGACGUGUCGCGACACGACGCCGACACGACGCUCGAGACCGUCCUCGAGGCCGACUCGUCCGCGUCCUACCUCCUCGACACCUCCCGACGCGCCGACUUCGACACCUCCAGGUCCUCCCGCGACCUAAGCACCAACAACUCCUUCAACAAGCUACCGGACGAUAACAUGAACUCCGAAAUCACUCGGAGCUCGGAAUUUACGCUAGACAACAGCAAAAUUCAGCCCACGCUUCAACCGAACGGUUGAGACCCCCCCUCUCGCCCCCACCCCCGAAAUACAAAGGGAUAGGCGAUCCCUCGCAGGCCUCCGGGCUGCUAGUUACUGGAGACUGUUUAGGACGGCGCGAGGAUAGCUUGGCGUGUUUUGUUCCUAAUAGACUUUAUUUUUAACGACGUAAGGCUGAUUUUUGAUAACGAGUACGAGUACAAAGUAUAAUUUAUCGGUUCUUUGAAGCGCGGAGCCAUCCUCGCGCACUCUGUUGCUGUAUAUAACUAUAGCCCGUUUUGGCGUGUAUAUAGAGUUAUUAAAUCGGCCUGAGAUUAUUUGGAAACAGCGUGGAGACAAUAAUACGGCCGCGGCGCCCGCUAUGUCUAGAAAUACAGUGCCUCUGACACCGGACUUCCUGUCUAAUAGCCUAGUUUCACCGUUAGUGCAACGUAAUCGUACAAAAUAUAGACCAAAAUGAAAUCCAAACACCCAUUAUAGUACCUAAAUUCACGUGUACAUAACAUUUAAUAUAUUUAUCGAUGUUAAAUAACGGUUUAUUGUGUUUUCUGACUUUCAUAGACAGUUUUUAGACAAAGCCUGAGAAGCUAUAAGUUACCUUCACAAUUUGCAUUCCAAUUCCAUUGAUUAUAUUAUAUACCUACCUACUGUUCGCCUCAGAUUA